GCCGUUGACUAUCUUUGGAAAAUCUUGAAUGCUUCAACAAUCUAAUGGAUAUGCAACUAAAACAAUCAUCUCCUUUUAUUACUGAGUGACAACCUGAAUGUGUUACCAUGGUGACCACUCACACACACAUCACCCUGUCACUCCUGCUGUUCCACAUUCUCCCGGCCACAACGACUCAGGUUGAUGACCUCAUCGAUGAUGUCAUUGUCUCCACGGACCGUGGCAGAGUCCGGGGCACUCGGCUUCCCGUGCCAGGUGGUGGAUAUGUCAGGGCAUUCCUGGGAAUUCCCUAUGGGAACCCCCCUGUUGGGGAACUGCGUUUUCGCCCUCCUCAGCCUGCAGAUGGGUGGACAGGGGUACUACACGCCACCCGCUACCCCAACUCCUGCCUCCAACCCCAGGAUACAUUAUUUCCUGGGUUCCGUGGAGCUGAGAUGUGGAACCCCAACACCAAGAUGAGUGAAGACUGUCUCUACCUCAACAUAUGGACUCCUCCCCCUUUGUUUAAGACACACCCUAAACGUUCCAAGAGCUCCUCCCCUGGUUCCUCAUUAGCUCCUGUCAUGGUGUGGAUAUACGGAGGCGGGUUCACUACAGGCACCGCCUCCCUAGACCUGUAUGACGGACAAUUCCUUAGCCAAUCAGAAGGCGUCGUGGUGGUGUCUAUGAACUACAGGCUCGGUCCAUUGGGUUUCCUGUCUCUUCCUGAGAGCGAGGGUGUCCGUGGUAACGCUGGAAUGCUGGACCAGCGCUUGGCUCUGUACUGGGUAGCCAAUAACAUUGCUGCCUUCGGCGGAGACCCUUCAAAGGUGACGUUGUUUGGGGAAAGUGCUGGAUCUGCGUCUGUGGGUCUCCAUCUCCUCUCCCCUGGCAGUCAUGGUCUGUUCAACAGGGCAAUACUACAGAGUGGUUCCCCUAACACUCCAUGGGCUGUCAUGACUCAACAGCAGGCCUGGAACAGGUCCCUGUCCCUGGGUAGGCUGUUGGGUUGUCCCCUGGCACCUCUGGCUGUCCUGGAGCAGUGUCUACAGAGAGCCCAUCCAGAGGAUAUCAUCAAGCAGCAGUACAACGUCCUCUCUCUCCCCACAAUCCUAGCAUUACCAUUCACCCCCUCUGUCGACCAAAACUUCCUACCAGACAUGCCAGAGGUUCUGCUCCGAACGGGACACUUCCUGAAGACAGAGGUGCUGAUUGGUUUGAACCAAGAUGAGGGGACCUACUUCCUGGUUUACGGGGCGCCAGGAUAUGACAUCACUAGCCAGAGCCUGAUCAGCAGGGAGAACUUCCUGAAAGGGGUGCACCUAGUGUUGCCGGGAUUCAGUGAUGUCACGAGGGAGACAGCCAUCUUCCAGUACACUGAUUGGACGGAUGAGAAUAGUGGGAUGAAGAAUCGUGAUUUGCUUGGGCGAAUGUUGGGAGACCAUGAUUUUAACUGCCCUGUGCUGGAGUUUGCCCAGAGGUACACAGAACAUGGGGGUAAGGCCCGCCUCUUCCUGUUCGAUCACCACUCCUCCACCAAUCCCUGGCCAGCAUGGAUGGGCGUGAUGCAUGGCUAUGAGAUUGAGUUUGUCUUUGGAAUGCCGCUGAACAGAACCCUGGGAUACCUGGAGGAGGAAGUGGUCAUGAGCAGGAGGAUGAUGAAGUACUGGGCCAACAUGGCUAGGACCGGGAACCCAAGCAUAGAGGAAGGGGAUUGGCCACUUUUCACCGUGGACCAACAGGAAUACAUCACCCUAAACUCAUCCCCUCCACACACACAAAAGAGGCUUGCAGCUCAUCAAUGCCAGUUCUGGAACAACUUCCUCCCCAAACUGCAGGACGUCACUGUGAGUGUAGAUGAGUUAGAACAGCAGUGGAGGAAUCACUUCCAUCGUUGGAUGUCGUACAUGUUGGAGUGGAAGAAUUACUACUCUGACCACAGCCUGAGCAGCCCAGAGGGUCAGAAGCCGCAGGACUGUGACCAGAGGCCCUUGGAGCCCUAGACCUUUAACUGAACCCCUCAACCCAUCAAGACUAACUUAAAAAUUAUACUUUGCUUUUCAACGAGACAAUACAUUUUGUCACGCAAAGAAACGUUCACAACCAUAAUUUGUUUCUGAAUGUAAUGCCAGGCCUUUUCACUGAUCACUGCUAUAUCUGUUUGUACUUUGGUAUUUGUUCUUGUCCUUUCAAUUGAACAUGUGUCUUGCUUUGUGUAUCUGACGAUGUUAUGUUUCUGUGUGUUUGGUGGGAUAAAGUAACAUGAGAGAUGAUUCUGUGUGCAGGAGAGAUGAUUGGUGGGGUAAAGUAACAGGAGAGAUGAUUCUGUGUGCAGGAGAGAUGAUUGGUGGGGUAAAGUAACAGGAGAGAUGAUUGGUGGGGUAAAGUAACAGGAGAGAUGAUUGGUAGGGUAAAGUAACAGGAGAGAUGAUUGGCCGGGUAAAGUAACAGGAGAGAUGAUUGGUCGGGUAAAGUAACAGGAGAGUAAACAGUGUAACAAUUUUACUUGUUAUGUAUGUAUUGUUCUGUGACAGAUGAUCUGAGAUCCUUAAAUGCCAUAGCCUUUUAUUUGGGCCAUAACCAGUCAGAAUCGUUUCUCAAAAACCUGAACGUACGCACACACACGCACGCACGCACACACACACACACACACACACACACACACACACACACACACACACACACACACACACACACACACACACACACACACACACACACACACACACACACACACACACACACACACACACACACACACACACACACACGCACACACGCACACACACAGAUUCGGUGUAAGAUGGCUGCCGGCUCCCACCUCAGUGUGUAGAGGGUGAAGAUAGGAAGACGAGCCCAUUGGCAUUACCCGUGUCAUCAGUGUGCCCUCAUUUAUGAAAACAUUUGUCAUUUUCCAAAGAGAGAGUACAUUGUCUGUCUGAUGGAAGUCAUGCCUUUUGGAUCCUUGCAUAGAGAGAGAGAGACUAUAAAUGAGUUGUCUGGGUGAUACAGAAGUAGAGUUUUUAAGUAUGUUUGUGUGAUGGCACAUGAGCAGUGUAGGUGAUGGGCCUCUUAUUGGCUUGGUUUUGCUUUCUUCUUUAGUUUGAUUGCCUCUGAGGUGUAAAACUUGUGUAUAAUUAACUUUAAAUAAAGUUUGAAUUGAUUUUAUCUGUU